GCUAGGAGCCGGCGGAGGCAGGGAGAGUUCUCGGCUCAGAGAAAGAGCUGGGGUCCUCUUCCAUCUUGUCUUCGCCCCCUCCUGACUGCGUGACCUCGGGAUGCAGGAGCUGCGUCUGCUGUGCCUGGUGGUCCUUGUGGGCCUGGCACGGGCCUGUCCAGAGCCCUGUGAAUGCGGGGAGAAGUACGGCUUCCACAUUGCCGACUGUGCCUACCGUGACCUGAAGGCUGUGCCAUCCGGCUUCCCGGCCAACGUGACCACGCUGAGCCUAUCGGCCAACCAGCUGUCAAGCCUGCCAGGGGGCGCCUUUAGGGAAGUGCCCCGGCUGCAGUCGCUGUGGCUGGCCCACAAUGAGAUCCGCAGCGUGGCCGCGGGUGCCCUGGCAUCUCUGAGCCAACUCAAGAGCCUGGAUCUCAGCCACAAUCUCAUCUCCGAGUUUGCCUGGAGCGACCUGCAUAGCCUCAGCGCCCUUCAGUUGCUCAAGAUGGACAGCAACGAGCUGACCUUCAUCCCCCGGGACGCCUUCCGCAGCCUUCGCGCCCUGCGCUCGCUGCAGCUCAACCAUAACCGCCUGCACACGCUGGCCGAGGGCACUUUUGCCCCGCUCACUGCACUGUCUCACCUGCAGAUCAACGAUAACCCCUUUGACUGUACCUGCGGCAUCGUAUGGUUCAAGACGUGGGCCCUGACCACAGCCGUGUCCAUCCCAGAGCAGGACAACAUCACCUGCACUUCGCCCCACGUGCUCAAGGGCACGCGGCUGAACCGUCUGCUGCCGCUGCCCUGCUCCACACCCUCGGUGCAGCUUACCUACCAGCCCAGCCAGGAUGGGGCCGAGCUGCGUCCGGGCUUCGUGCUGGCACUGCACUGUGACGUGGAUGGGCAGCCAGCCCCUCAGCUCCACUGGCACAUCCAGACUCCCAGUGGCACCGUGGAGAUCGCUAGCCCCAACGUGGGUGCCGAUGGGCGUGCCCUGCCUGGUGUCCUGGCGGCCAGCAGCCGCCCACGCUUCCAAGCCUUUGCCAAUGGCAGCCUGCUCAUCCCUGACUUUGGCAAGCUGGAGGAGGGCACCUACAGCUGCCUGGCUACCAACGAGCUGGGCAGCGCGGAGAGCUCGGUGAAUGUGGCCCUGGCCACACCAGGUGAGGGUGGCGAGGACGUGCUGGGCCGCAGGUUCCGGGGCAAGGCGGCCGAGGGGAAGGUCUGCUACACGGUAGACAACGAGGUGCAGCCAUCGGGUCCGGAGGACAACGUGGUCAUCAUCUACCUCAGCCGCGCCAGGGGCCCCGAGGCUGCAGCAACAGCAGAAGGUGUCUCUGGGAAGCAGCCCCCUGGCCUGCUUCUGCUGGGCCAGAGCCUCCUCCUCCUCUUCCUCGCUUCCUUCUAGCCCCACCCCUACCUGAGGGCUUGCUGACUCCUGCCCUGACCGCUGGCUGUCCCUCACAAGUGUUGCAGGGGCCUGGGGGUAGCAAUUCUUGGAGCCUGCAUCAGGGACUUCCCACCUUCCUACCUCCCCUUCUCAUCCCUUCUGGGACACUCAGCACUCCCACUUCUAGACUUGCUCAAAGCUAGUGACUAGGAUGAAAUUGGAUCCCCUAACUCACCGUCUAAGGUACUAAUUGCUGCUAACCACGCUGCACAUGCUCCUCUGUCUCGGGGGCAGCAUGCCGACCAGGCGAUGCCCUAACCACCCAGGGGGAGCCUCCCUGAUGGACUUCCAGGCACUGGGACUGACAAGCUCUCUAAGGCUACGGUCAGAGCCUGGGGCUUGGGGCUGGGCGGGGAAGUAGCCUGAAGCAGAUGGGCACGGGAGAUGUAGAAUUAGGACACAGAGCAAGUGGCUGGCGUAGCUUGGAGGCUCUCUGAUCUGCUUGAGCUCCUGCUGACCUUCCAUGUUCUCUAACGACUUGAGGGCUGGGGAGUCUCUGCCCUCAGACAGGACUAGAAGGCCCAGGAUGGUGCUCAUUUCCAACUCUUCCUCCCUUGAUGUGCCCCUCCAUCCUGGAUUCCUGCCCUGCCUUCCUCUCCAGGUACACAUCUAUCACCUGCCUUCCCCUCUACCUCGGGAGAGGCUAGCCAGCCUGGGGGCGGCAGAGAAAUAAAUAGCAUUUCU